AUGGGAGUAGCACGACCAAUUCGAUUUCUCGGGGCAGUUUGCAUACUGCUCGUCUUCGUGCUCAUCUAUCUCACUCAGUUCUAUCGCACGACUCCCGUGGGCUUGCCAACCACAGUGAACAGCGGGAGUAAUGUCAAUAGUGGAGGGAAAGUGACACAUUGGGACAAAGAUCCAUUAUUAGAUCCUGUGGAAGAGCCACCGCAACCACUAUGGCGGCAUACAGAUCACGACUAUUCUCCAGAUUCUGCGAACAGCGCUCGGCUCAAUGCCACUCUCCUCGUCCUCGUCCGCAAUGAAGAACUGAACGAUCUGAUACCUUCCAUGCGCGAACUUGAAGCGACCUGGAAUCACAAGUUCAACUAUCCUUGGACAUUCUUUAACGAUGUUCCUUUUACCGAAGAAUUCAAGCGCAAGACCACGGCAGCCACGAAAGCGAAAACCAACUAUCAUGUGAUACCUGAUGAGCAUUGGAACAUGCCUGAGUGGAUAAGCAAUGAUCUAUAUGAAGAAUCGGCCAAGAUUUUGAACGAAAACGGUGUACAAUACUCUGGCAAAAUCUCCUACAAUAAGAUGUGCCGCUGGAACAGCGGGCUAUUCUACAAACACCCCGCUCUGCAAGACGUACAAUAUUACUGGCGAGUCGAGCCAAAAGUCAAGUUUUUCUGCGACGUCGAUUACGAUGUGUUCCGAUACAUGCAAGACCACAAUAAGACCUACGGCUUCAACAUCAACCUCUUCGACGCACCGGACAGCAUACCCAGCCUAUGGCCAGAAACAAUCAAAUUCCUCGCCGCACACCCAGAACACCUCGCAAAGAACAACGCCAUGGCCUGGCUGGUCGACAACGAGCGACGACCAGACGUCAACCUAAAAGCACACGGGUACAGCACCUGCCAUUUCUGGACGAAUUUCGAAAUUGCAGACAUGUCUUUUUGGCGAUCGCAGGCCUACGAAGACUAUUUCAAUCACCUCGACAGAGCGGGUGGAUUCUUUUACGAACGAUGGGGUGAUGCUCCUGUGCAUGCGAUUGCGCUGGGGUUGUUCUUGGACAGUUCACGAAUUCACUGGUUCAAGGAUAUUGGGUCGGAAUCUGAGGCGCAUUACGCCUGGCGUACGUGA